GUUAACCGGAUCUAACUUCCUCGUGGUAGUGUGGUCUUGUAGAAAUGGCGAGCGCAAGAGGUUUACGAGCUGUUGUUGUUGGAGGAACUGGAGCUAUUGGAAGGUGCAUUCUCGGCGAACUCGUCUCUUCUCCUGCAUAUACUGAAGUUCUGUCUUUGGGCAGAAGAGAAACUACUAUUCCUGAAAAUUACAAAGUUACAGACUCUGACAUGCAGAAGCUGAAACAAGAGAUUGUUGAUUUUGAUUUGGAGAAGUUUACUGUAGAAAACUGGAAAUCGUGCUUUGAGGGGAAGGAUGUUCUUUUCUUGGCUGUUGGACUUGUGUUUGCUGAGGCUCGACGGCUGCCUGGCAACACAGAAGAAAACUUCAAACGCGUUGACUUGCAUCUGGUUGUACGUUGUGCUGAGAUUGCUAAAGCUGCAGGAGUUCGCCACGUGAGCAUGAUGUCAGUUCGAAGAGCAAAAGCAGACAGUAUGUUUGUCUUUUUGAGAGCCAAGGGCGAGGCUGAUGAUGCUGUCGAGGCUUUAGGCUUUGAGAGAACAACAAUCUGGAAAGUCACCAUUGUGGACAAAGGCCGAAAUAGUAGAUUUCUUGAAAAAGUUUUGAGGAUCUUCUUAAGAUCAGUUCUUGUUGAAGACUUAGGACUGGCUAUGAGAGUAGAGGCCGAGCAGUGGGCUUUAGGAAAAGCUGAAUUUCCUUCUGUUUCUCGAUAUGAAGACCCGGAUGUUUGGGAGUUUGCGAGGCAGUCAAGGGAAGCCGAGAACAAGAAGGGAAUCGAUCGAGACGUUCCAGCUGCAGCAGCAGAAACCAAUGAAACAGAGGAGAACGAAGAGAAACAAGCUGAAGAUGAGCAAAUGAAAACGCAGGCAACUGAACAAGAUUGUGAUCAGGCAAAUGAAGGAAGUGAACCACUUGGUGGCGCAACGGAGGGUGACAAGAACGACAAACAAGACUAAACGACUUAUUAUUGAGUUGGCAAACGUAUAAGAAUUGCAUUGUCAACUGCUUAUGUUGAAUAUCGAUAUGCUGAUCAGAUAGACGAGCUGCAAUAAUUAUUCUAUUACGUGUUGUGACAGUAUUAGUCAUCUCGCGUUAAUUUGUGUGUGUUUGUUACACAGUGUUUGGCUUGCAAUUAGCUAUAGAUAAACAUGUUACAAGAAAAUGGCUUUUGAGAAAAUGUUUCUGGGAUAUUGAUAUACAGUAUGUACAAUAUGGUAGAUUAGAUAAAGAUUUGGAAAGUACAGCUAACUUUAAAGGUAAACUACAACGCAAAUGAAGUCUUUGAUC